GUAUGAUAGGUGUUCUACGCUACACUCGUGGGAAGUAUUACUCCUAGGGUGCGUUCCAUGCCAGUUCCCCUUAAGUCGGCGCAGACAUUUUCAUUGUUGACACGAUAUAGGUUGGUAGGCAGGCAGUCAGCUCGGCUCAGUCAACGCGUACUUGUAUUAUCGUCGUUUUGGGUCAGUAGGAACGGCGACGUGUUGUCGUCUACUUCGCGCAUCAUCUCAUCGUCGGUCGGUCGGUAGCUCGUGUAGUGUUUUCUGUCGUCAUCGCGUAUGAUAGCUGCUGGAAUUUUUUUUUAAGCGCAUCAGAUUAGAGCGGGGCGUGUGCCUCAGCGGUGGUGAGACAUUUCUUAUUCGGUAAAAUAUGGCUUUCUUCUUCAACUUUGUGGCCAUCUGUACGAUUCUGUACUUCCUGGUGCGCCUCAUUCUAUGGUUGGUACUCGAUGCGGACAUUGAACUCUUCGUGCUGUCCAAAUUGGGCAAACCCAUAUCAUCGCUGAAGGGAAAAGUCGUAUGGAUAACCGGUGCAUCGAGUGGCAUUGGACGGGAUUUGGCCAUAGCGCUUGCGAAAAACGGGGUGCGCUUGUGCUUAUCGGCUCGAAACAUUUCCGAACUGCUUAAGGUUAAGCAAGAUUGUAUAGCACAAUCCAAUGGCACCCUCGGACCGAACGACGUCUACGUCCUGCAGAUGGACAUGCUGGACGUGAACCACCACAACGACUACUUUAACAUGGUAAUUGACCACUUCAAAACGUUGGACAUCCUGGUGAACAAUGCCGGCCGGUCGCAACGGGCCGAAUGGAACAACAUCAACGUCAAGGUCGACCGGGAACUGUUCGAGCUGGAUGUCUUCUCGGUGGUUCAUCUGUCGCGAAUUGCGCUGAACUUUUUCAUUCGCAACUCGAUCAAGGGUCACCUGGCCGUUACGAGCAGCACAGCCGGCUUGAUAGGAGCACCGAACUCGGCGAGCUAUACCGGCGCUAAGCAUGCAAUACAUGGUUAUUUUGAGACUCUUAGAAAUGAGCCAUUCGAAGUAAACAUAACGAUAUUUUGUCCCGGUCCAACCGCUACCAACUUUCUUCAAGAGGCUUUCACAGAUACGCCUGGUGCGAAAUACAACCAAUCCGUCCGGCCGGAAGACAAGCGUAUGACCAGUGAAAGGUGCGGUUAUCUGUACGCUGUUGCACUGGCAAACAAAACACAACUCAGUUGGGUCGGCAAUUUUCCCAUCAAUCUGAUAUUGUACAUCGGAUGUUACUAUCCCAAUGUGAAGAAAUUGAUGCUGAAAAUUGUUGGCAUGCGACGUCUUCGGCAGGUGCGAGACAGUCGAUAGAGAUGAUGUAGUAGGUCCAUACCUCGAUCAACCACGUGAGAGUCCAGCCAUUUGACACAGUACCUAGUGUUCAUCAUGUUCGGAUGCAUAUUGCUGCACACCACCAGAUCUGCCUGCACCAUCACCACCGCGCGCUGCACUUUAGUUGGUAAAGUGCAAAAAAAAAGUAACGUCGUCGUUUAGUUGCUAAUCAUCUCUCACCGAGCAAAGUUCAGUCCAAUGAUAAAUGAUCGCACUCACUCAAAGGCGCGUAGAAGGCGAGUUGAUUCAUUAGCGAUAAUUAGCGAGCUUAAUUUAAUAUAUUAGUCAAUUAUAGUGUUGCCUUAUUUAUUUUUGUUUUACGAGGCAUGCCAUUUUUGCAUUUCCCUGCUUCAGAAAAUCAUUUGAUAGUUUGUUAGUUGUUUACACUUAUCGACGUUGGCUAAUGAGAUAUCUUUUUCCCUUCACUACCUGUUUACCUAUA